AUGAGCAAUCUUCCAUCCCACGUUCUUUUCUUCGCCAUCUUGCAAGCGAGCCGCACGUGAAUUUCGCUGAUCGCGGGAUCGAUUCGCUUGGUUUAGAGUGAAAAUAGUGAAACGAACUAAAAAUGACUGAAACGCUGCAGCUGCGCGGCCAGCUUCUUGGCCAUUCCGGAUGGGUCACGCAAAUUGCCACCAAUCCGAAGUAUCCGGACAUGAUUUUGUCCUCGUCUCGCGACAAAACGCUCAUCGUGUGGAAGCUGACUCGUGACGAACUGAGCUACGGCAUUCCGCAAAAGCGUUUGUAUGGACACUCGCAUUUCAUCUCGGACGUUGUGCUGUCGUCUGACGGCAACUAUGCUCUGUCCGGAUCUUGGGACAAAACCCUUCGACUGUGGGAUUUGGCAGCAGGCCAAUCGACCCGCCGUUUCGAAGACCAUACCAAGGAUGUCCUUUCGGUCGCUUUCUCUGUAGACAAUCGUCAGAUUGUGUCGGGAUCGCGCGACAAGACGAUCAAACUGUGGAACACUCUGGCUGAGUGCAAGUAUACCAUCCAGGAAGAUGGACACUCCGACUGGGUGUCGUGUGUGCGAUUCUCGCCAAACCACACCAACCCAAUCAUCGUAUCGGCCGGUUGGGAUCGUGUGGUGAAGGUUUGGAAUCUGGCCAAUUGCAAACUGAAGAUCGACCAUCUGGGACACAACGGAUACCUGAACUCGGUGUCCGUUUCGCCUGAUGGUUCGCUGUGCACGUCGGGUGGCAAGGAUUGCCGCGCCUUCCUGUGGGAUCUGAACGAUGGCAAGCAUCUGCAUACGCUUGAGCACAACGAGGUCAUCAACGCUCUGUGCUUCUCCCCCAACCGCUACUGGCUGUGCGUGGCCUACGGUCCAUCGAUCAAGAUCUGGGAUCUUGCCUCCAAGACGAUGGUCGAGGAGCUUAAGCCGGCCAAGAACGGUGAUCCGCCACAGUGUCUGUCGCUGGCUUGGUCGACUGAUGGACAGACCUUGUAUGCCGGUUACUCCGAUAACAUCAUUCGCGUUUGGCAGGUGUCAGUUUCCGCUCGUUAAGGCGGUGAAGAUUAUCAAUCAGCAGGUGGUCCGGUUUUGAAGUGUGGGUGCUCUUUUCAUUUCCAAAAGAACGAGCCGUAUGGUAAUGAUGUGUUUCUUUCUUUGUAAAAGAACGUAAUAAACAGAAAGAUUUGAAUUAA